AUCUAGGUAGACGGAAGGUUGGAAUCUUGGCUAAAUGAAGUUUGAAAUCUGCGACAGUGCCCAGAUCGGCUGAGCCCUGUCCUGGCGCUUAGAGCAGUGUGACCGAUUUACGCUUUGCGUGCGGACUACGACUUCUCGUGACACCGGGACAGAUGCUUCUCAGGCAAAUGCUGCCUUUAGCGCAGGAAGUGCGGCGAGGGAACAUAGCGCAUGCUCCCCUACUUCUCUGAUAAGCGGAGGACCUGUCUAUUGCUUUAAUACGCUGAGGCCCAUGCUGAGAGCACAUCUUCAAGAAAUCUAAAAAUGCUGAAAACAGAAGAAUCCUCCCCAGUCAUCCUGCACCUGGAGCCUAUCGGGGUUAAUAACGAAACUGCAGGGAGUGGUACAGUCUUGGCUAUAGACACCCAACAUGAUGAGAGUAAGGCUGACGGGGAGGAGACUGAGUAUGGCUAUCCCAUCACCUGUGGAGACAGCAGUGCAGUUCUUCUGAUUAAGAAGUUUGUCUGUCCUGGAAUUAAUGUGAGAUGUGUCAAAAGCAAUUGUGUUUUACAGUUUAACAAUGAACUUAUUAGUCCCAAGCAGUUUGUAUAUCUGUCGGGAAAGGCUACACUGAAGGACUGGAAACGAGCCAUUCGACUCGGCGGAGUUAUGCUCAGAAAAAUGAUGGACUCGGGCCAAAUAGAUUUUUAUCAGCACAGUACUGUGUGCAGUAACACCUGUCGCAGCACUAAAUGUGAUGUACCCAUGAGCAGAGCCGUGGUCCAGCCCAGCCCUCCCAGUGUGACAGGAGAGGAUUUUAAUGAUGCAACAGGGACUGAAGAACAUUCAGAGGUAAAAUUUGGUGCAGAAACAGAAGAUGGUGCUACUGCAAACCAGUCCCCUAAGCCAGCCACAACAAAUGGACAUCCUGCCAAGAAGGAGAGAAGUGACUCACCAGAUGGAGUACUAAGUCUCUGGAAAUCUGUGGCAGAAUCUGGAUUAAUGGGAAAUGUCUUGUCAAGUGUCCAGACUAAAUUAUUAUUGACUUUAAAGGAAAUUGAGGCUCGAGGUUUGAAGGACAACUUACAGCUACAAGAUGCCGUAAUCCUUAAUACAUUAUGUGAGAUGUUUGGACUUUGUGAGUCAGUAAAGCAAGCUGUGGAACUGAAGCGCAAUUUCAAUGAAAACAGAAUCGACAAUUUUUAUGGAAUGAAUAGGUCUUUGAAAAAAAGAAAGAGAAUGGAAAAAGCCUCUACCUGCAAAGUUUCAUCCUCAAAACAACUCCGACUUCUGCCUCACGGGUCACUGAGCAACUGUCUUAACAUACUGUCGCCGGUAACAACCAGCCCAGCGAUUUUCCCUCUCUCUGCUUUUGGCUUGUCCGAGCACAAUAUAAGCCCUCUUCACUUUGGCCCUUUCUCUGCUCACAUCUCCACUGACAUUGCAACGUCUGGACAACUCUCUGACAAGUCGAUCGUGGAUGGCCAAAAAGUCAAACUGGAGAGGUGGGUGAGGGAAAAUAGUAACUUGAGACGACAAGGUGUGGAUGAAGAGGACAGGAGGGGCAGGGGGAGUCAGAGGGAGACGAGACAAAGCACCGGUACUUCUGACAAAGAACUACAAAAUAGAGAAGAGGAGGCAGAAAGCAACAGCUAACGUGACACCAGUGUGCAGAAGCAUCUCAGAAACUUAAGGAGGAAUAGGUGCUUGCAAAGUAUUACAGCUAUGGGCAGACAGAUCUCAAAUGAAUUAUUGAUGUGUAGGACAUGAUGGGCUAAUAUUGCCUGGGUCUGGAUAACAUCAAAACAUUCAGUAUGGCUGAAGUGUUUAAUUGAGAUGGAGACAGGCAAAAGGAUUGCUGUUAAUAUGCUGUUUAUUUUGAUAUAAUAAGAUAUGGUCUUUCCUAUGAAAAACCAUGUGAUUCUGUCGCUAUCUGAAAGUAGCCCGGAUGUAAACCAUCUGAGUACCUGUGACAUUAAAGUCUGAAACAUUACAUUUGCUAUUUGGCCUGAAGACAUUGCAUUUGAAAGUACCAAUUGAAUAUACUGUAUAUAUAUCGAGAACAAAUACACUAAUCAGUUAUUAGUGUUGAGUAUUGGACUGUUAUAAUAUUCUUGUUAACAUUUGAGGAAGUAAAAUGCGAUUUAUAGAAAUAGAACUGUUUUUUAAGAUGUACUGUAUGUUGUAUUGUUGUUUGUAAUAGAUUUAUUUGUUUACUUGUACUGUAUGAUAAGUCAGUUAAUCAAAUGAAGUAAAACAUCUAUGCAAGGAAAAAAACUACUGGAAAAAUAUGUUAAUUAUUAUCAAUAUUCAAGUGUAUAAAUAUGGUUUUCAUGACAACAGUCCUAGUUUUUAUUGUGAAACAUGGAUAAAGUCUAAUGGGAGACUUUGUUGUUGAUUCAACAGAUAAACGUAAAAAUGCAAAAAAGGAAAGGUAUAGGCCUAAUAUUUAUGAUAUUAGUAUGCUGUUACUGAGUUCAG